AUGGCUAUCGAAGGCACCGUCUACACAACCCCUGAAAAUACCUCGUCUACCCCCGUAGACUCCUCUGCUGGCCUCGUCAACGACGCUCUCCAGUACGUCAACGAGCUCGUCUUCGGCAAGGAGACCGCCCCGAAAGACAACAUCACAGUGACCGCUUCGGUCACACCUCCGGCGUCCAAUACGCUUUCCGCCAUCGAUCCCUACAAGCUCUUCUCGUUCGCCCCUGGAAGCAGCCACUUGGAGUCUCCCUGGAACCAGGACCCGAUUUGGAAGUAUUCCCGAUUCGCCGUCGCACUCGUCCGCCUCAGCACCUGGCAUGUCCUGGAGUAUCUUCGGAUUUUCGACUUCGUUGAGGCCCACUGCCCUAUCGUGGGCCAGAUUCUCCCCUUUAUCUUCUUCAAGACUUUCCCUUGGAUCUUCCAGUAUGCAAAGCUUGCCAUUACGAUCUCCUUGUUCUACUCCAAGUAUAUGGUCGAGAACUCCGGGGACAUUGCCGCUGGCACCGUUGCUUCGUUGGAUGAGAACGCUAAGAACAUUGGACUUUGGGUCCUUGAGCGCUUUGCUCGGUAUCUUAUGUAUGCUCUCUCUGGCGUCAUCGCCAUGACAGUCCGCGACUGGAUUAUCGCCAUCCUGGCUGCGAUUGUUUUUCUAUUGAUCUUCUGGUGCGAUGACAACUUGACCGCAUCACAGGACAACUUCGAAGCCUUAUUCCGGGAGAAUGACGAAAUUCGCGCCGCAAUGGAAGAGUUAUUUGCCUCUGUAAAUGUGCACUUUACCAACUUCCAGAAUAAUCAGAACAGGCUGUCAUCUGACUUGCAGGGGAUGGGCAACGGCCUCAACCUCUUGUCAUAUUUCGCUCGUCGCCAAGUCCAAAGCCAAGAGGCGCGAUUCGGAUUCAUCGAGAACAGUGGCCGCGCUCUUCGUACAGGAAUGCGCCAGUUGCAGCAACGAAUUACUCGCACAGAGAACCGUGUUUCCGUCGUCGAGGGGCGGACGGACCUCCACCGCCGCGAACUUAUCCAGCUGCAGCAAGACGCUGAGAUGGAACGUAUCCGCUCAGAUCUCGUCGAUGAAGAGACUGGUGGCCGCCUGGACUCGCUCGGCGCCGGGGUGCUUGAGGUUGCGACCGCUGUUGAAGCCAACGAUCUAGAUGUCCGUGUUAUUCGUCAGGAAGGCAAGAAGCUUAAGGAGCUGGUCGGCACCAUAACGGCACUGUCGGUGUUUGCCCUCGUUCUGCUGACUUACGUACUUGAACUGGUCGACAACGUCAAGGACCAGGCCACUGAUGCUGGGGAGACUGCCACGAAGGCCCAACAGCAUGCCACCAACGCUCAAAUGAGCGCCGCAAAUGCCCAAGAGAUUGCUGCAAGCGCUCGAAAGUUUGCCACGGAAAUCAAGCAGCAGGUCGACACCAUCCUGGAACAACACAACGACAUCAAGAGGUGGGCUACCGAGGCCAAUACCAAGUUCAUUUACCUCUGCAGCGAGACCGUCAAGGUCUUGACCGCGAUUUCCUCCCUGAGGGGUACAGCCGUCCUUACCAAGAACCAAAUCAUUGUGCUCUUCGACAAGAUUGAUCCUGAAAUGGCCAAGACUAUCUCUAAUCAGUGGGUCACCCUCGCCGCGCAGCCAGAUGACGAGCUCAAAAUCGAGCAAUGGCAGUCCGAGGCAGUCCGUCUAAUCAACGCGCGGUUCAAUGCGAUUCGAGGCAAUGUGACCGGUCUCCGAGAGCAGCUGAAUCUGGCGUCCACACCGCUUAGCAGCCCGAUCCGGAACCAAGUGCGAGAAGUUCUUAUGACGCCGGCGCCGCUGUUCUCCGCCCCGACAACCGACAGCUUCCGUGGAGAGACUGCGCUUGCUCAGCCCUGUUUUCGGGACUCUGGGAUGUUCGAGGAGGGCCCGACAAUCGACGGUCUGCUCGAAGAGCUGAAGGGCGCGCAGUCUGGGUCAUCUUCUGAGUCCGACCCUUUCGUUGAUAAUGCCUUAUAG